GGAGCCGCCGAGCCCCGCUGCCGGUGCUGCUGCUGCUGCCGGUACCGGUGCCGGUACCAUGCGGUCCUGGGCGCUGCUGCUGCUGCUGGGAGCGCUCCCGCCCGGCGGAGCCGCGGCCCCGGCCCGCAAUGUGCUGCUGCUCCUGGCCGAUGACGGCGGCUUCGAGAGCGGCGCCUACAACAACUCUGCCAUCCACACGCCCAACCUGGACGCGCUGGCCCGGCGCGGUUUGGUCUUCCAGAACGCCUUCACCUCCGUGAGCAGCUGCUCCCCGAGCCGGGCCAGCAUCCUGACCGGCUUACCCCAGCACCAGAACGGGAUGUACGGGCUGCACCAGGACGUGCAUCACUUCAACUCCUUCGACGGCGUGAGGAGCCUGCCCCAGCUGCUCAGCCAUGCAGGCAUCCGGACAGGGAUAAUUGGGAAGAAGCACGUGGGGCCGGGGGCUGUGUACCCCUUCGACUUCGCCUACACAGAGGAGAACAGCUCGGUGCUGCAGGUGGGGAGAAACAUCACCCGGAUCAAGGAGCUCGUCCGGCGCUUCCUGCAGAGCCAGGACGAGAGGCCUUUCUUCCUCUAUGUUGCCUUCCACGACCCUCACCGCUGCGGGCACUCCCAGCCCCAGUAUGGGCCCUUUUGUGAGAAAUUUGGCAAUGGACAGAGCGGGAUGGGCUGGAUCCCUGACUGGAAGCCACAGAUUUACCAGCCGGAGCAAGUGCAGGUCCCUCCCUUUGUCCCGGACACGCCGGCUGCUCGGGAGGACCUGGCUGCCCAGUACACGACCAUCGGGCGCAUGGACCAAGGGAUCGGGCUGGUCCUGCAGGAGCUGCACCACGCCGGUUUCCUCAACAGCACCCUGGUGAUCUACACCUCCGACAACGGCAUCCCGUUCCCCGGGGGCAGGACCAACCUGUACCGCUCGGGCACCGCCCAGCCGCUGCUGCUCUCCUCCCCCGAGCACCCCCGGCGCUGGGGGCAGGUCAGCCCGGCCUUCGCCUCCCUCCUGGACCUGACGCCGACCAUUCUGGACUGGUUCUCCGUCCCCUACCCCGCUUACAGCAUCUUUGGCAAGAGGCGUGUGCAGCUCACUGGGAAGUCUCUGCUGCCAGCCCUGGAGUCGGAGCAGCCCUGGGCCACGGCCUUCCUGAGCCAGAGCCAGCACGAGGUGACCAUGUACUACCCCAUGCGAGCCGUGCAGCAGCGCCAGUACCGCCUCAUCCACAACCUCCACUACAGGAUGCCCUUCCCCAUCGACCAGGACCUGUACGUGUCCCCCACCUUCCAGGACCUGCUGGGGCGCACCCGGGCGGGGCAGCCCACGCACUGGAACAGGAGCCUGCAGCAGUACUACUACCGACCCCGCUGGGAGCUGUUUGACUGCAGCCGGGACCCUGCCGAGAGCCACAACCUGGCCCCCGACCCCCGCUACGCCAGCGUGCUGCAGCUGCUCAGGGCACGGCUCCUCCGGUGGCAGUGGGACACCGGGGACCCCUGGGUGUGCGCCCCCGACGCUGUGCUGGAGGAGAAGCUGAGCCCCCAGUGCCAGCCGCUGCACAACGAGCUGUGAGGGGCACCUGCGCCCCCACAGGGGUGCGUUCCCGUGGGGUAUGGACACCACCUGUGCCCCCACAGCGCUCUCAUGGGGCUCACACCCCACCUGUGCCCCC